AUGAGGACGAUGAUGUGCCGAUCCUCAAGCGUGGUGAGUGUCAAACGUACAAUCCAGGAUUAUGACGGGGAUGGCGACCUAGAAUUCCUUCCGCAGAAUAACCUUAUUGAGGGUUCGGAUCAGGGCUCGGAUAUUGCUGCCAUCGACUGUGAUGAUUUUGUCGUCCCGGAUAUCGCUCCAACUAGGACACCUCGUAAAACCAGGGAUUCGAAGAAACGCAAGAAAUCGAACAAUGAUUUCCAUGGAACACCGUCGCCCACUGUAAAAACCCCAGCAAGUGCCUCACACUUCGUAUUCAAUCCCAAGAGCGAUAGCACUACUCCGGUAUUCUCAGCCACGACCCCUCGGCCAAAACCUCCUGCAGCGCCUGCGGGCAGGAAGGACAGGGAUGAGGUCAGAUACUUUUGGCUUGUUGAUAUUAAGGAUGCUGAUGGAAAUCCGCCCGAUCACCCAGACUAUGACCCCCGAACCUUAUUUGUGCCGCCAAGCGCAUGGCUGAAAUUCUCUCCAUUUGAGAAGCAAUACUGGGAAAUAAAAAGCAGGCUUUAUGAUACUGUUGUGUUCUUCAAGAAAGGAAAAUUCUAUGAGCUUUACGAGGAUGAUGCCACAAUUGGCCAUAGAGAGUUCGAUCUGAAGUUGACUGAUCGAGUGAAUAUGAGAAUGGUUGGUGUACCAGAAUCCUCGCUGGAUAUGUGGGCAGCUCAGUUCAUCGCGAAAGGAUACAAAAUUGCUCGCGUUGACCAGAAAGAAACUGCUCUGGGUAAAGAAAUGCGGGAAAAGUGUGGUAAAGCAGGAAAAGAAGAAAAAAUUAUUCGCCGCGAACUUGCUUGUGUUUUAACGGGUGGAACACUUGUUGACGAGAGCAUGCUGCAGGAUGAGAUGGCAACUUAUUGUGUGGCAAUAAAGGAGUCAUUUCGUGAAAAGGAACCGUCGUUUGGCAUAGCUUUUGUUGAUACCGCCACCGGAGAAUUCUCUCUCUCGGAGUUCGAAGAUGACUUUGACCUGACUAAAUUCGAAACAUUUCUCGCUCAAAUUCGUCCGAGGGAGCUGAUUAUUGAGAAAGGAUUUCUAUCUUCUCAAUCGACACGCCUCCUGAAGAAUAACACUUCCUUGAACACUAUCUGGAACAAACUAAAGCCUGGGGUUGAAUUCUGGGAAGGGUCAACAACCGUUCGGGAGUUGGUGAGUAAGGAUUAUUUUGGCGAGAGUGCAUCGAAGGACAGAAAAGGCUGGCCGCAGGCUCUGGAAGAAGUGAAGGAAAAAGAGCUGGCAAUGUCAGCCCUCGGCGCUUUACUCUGUUAUCUACAAACGCUUAAAAUUGACCGUGAAUUGACCCUAUUGAACCUUGAGAUUUUUGCGAAUUCCUCGGAUGGUGGCCCAACUGGGACGCUAUUUUCUCUACUUAAUCGAUGCAUUACACCUUUCGGGAAGCGAAUGUUCAAACUAUGGGUGUGCCACCCUUUGGCUGAUUCGGAUAAGAUUAACGCAAGAUUGGAUGCUGUCGAAUCUCUCAACUCUAAUAAUGGAUUUCAAGACGCUUUCGUAACUCAUUUGAAUAAAAUGCCGGAUUUGGAACGUCUCAUCUCCCGCAUCCAUGCUGGUAGCUCUAGAGCGACUGAUUUUCUCCGCGUUCUUGAGGGGUUUGAGCAAAUACGUGAUGCGAUAGACGAGAUCACACUUUACAGCGUAGGUGGUGGUUUGAUUGGUCAGCUUCUUACUUCUAUGCCUGAUCUGAAAAGAAGCUUGAAGCAAUGGGAAGCUGCGUUUGACCGGGAGAAGGCGAAGUCACAAGGUCUUCUCGUGCCUGAGCGUGGUGUUGAGCUUGAUUUUGAUACUUCCCAAGAUGUUAUCGAGGACAUCAUCAAUGUUGAGUUAGAGUCGCUCCUUACUGAGUACAAAUCGAGCUUGAAGUCUAGAGAUAUCAAGUAUACGGACAGUGGAAAAGAAAUUUACUUGAUUGAGGUGCCAGUGAAGUUUGCGAGAAAUAUUCCCAAAAGCUGGACUCAAAUGUCUGGCACACAGAAAGUCAAGCGGUUCUACUCCCCGGAAGUCAAAAAGCUUGUUCGCUCGCUACAGGAAGCACAAGAAACUCAUAGCCAAAUUGUCAAGGAAGUUGCUGGGCGAUUUUACGAAAGAUUUGAUAGAGACUAUCAGACCUGGCUAGGCGCGGUGAAGAUUGUUGCGAAUUUGGAUUGUCUUCUUAGCCUUGCUCGGUCUUCCACCUCGCUUGGUGAAACUAGUUGUAGGCCGACAUUCGUUGAGGGUGAGAGAAGCGUGCUGGAUUUUACCGAACUGCGACAUCCUUGCAUGGUGUCUAGCGUGGAUGAUUUUAUACCAAAUGAUAUCCAACUUGGUGGAGAUUCGCCUAAGUUAGGUUUACUUACUGGAGCUAAUGCGGCCGGAAAGUCAACGGUGCUUCGGAUGACCUGCGUGGGUGUCAUUAUGGCUCAGAUUGGAUGCUUCGUCCCAUCGAAGUCAGCUCGGCUGACACCUGUGGAUCGCAUAAUGAGCCGACUAGGAGCUAACGACAACAUCUUUGCUGCACAGAGUACAUUUUUUGUUGAACUAUCAGAGACAAAGAAGAUCCUUGCGGAGGCCACACCCCAUUCUUUGGUAAUAUUGGAUGAGCUAGGCCGUGGGACAUCUUCGUACGAUGGCGUGGCUGUGGCACAAUCCGUUCUACACCAUGUUGCGACCCAAAUUGGCUGUCUUGGAUUCUUCGCAACACACUAUCACUCAUUGGCUAGUGAAUUUAUUGGGCAUCCGGAAAUUCAACCUAAGAGGAUGCAAAUCCAUGUCGAUGAAGAGAAUCGGGACAUCACGUUCCUCUACAAGUUGGAGGCAGGAGUUGCUGAGGGUUCAUUUGGAAUGCAUUGCGCUGCCAUGUGUGGUAUCAACAAACGGAUAAUUGAUAGAGCGGAGGAUGCAGCUCGAAGCUUUGAACAUACUUCGCGGCUUAAGGACAGUUUAGAGGCUGCGCGAGUGGGGACUUAUAUUCCAUUGGGGAUGCAGAGCGAUUUGGCUUGGAUUCUUCGGGGCGGAUGUGACAUCAGUGACAACGCUUUCGACACCAUCGUUAAAUGUAUUAAGGCAUUGUAA